UGCUUCUUUCCUUCUGCCCCUCAUUGAGCCACUUGUGCUGUGAGCAGAUGGAAAGACUCUAGUGGGGGGAAAGUAAAUGAACGGCAGCGAGAGAGAAGCCAUGCAGGGAGGGAGGAAGCCCACCGUCAAUACCUGAUGAAUUGAACCACUGACUUUCCACCCAGACUGAGUCCUAGAGAGAGAAAGGAUUGAAGACACUGAGCCAUCACCCCAGCUGCAGGGAAAAAAAAACAACCUAGGACGUGGAGAGUAAAACAAAGAAGGAGUUACAGACGAGAAGACAGGGGUCGUCUCCAGAUGAGAACAGACAGUCAGAAAGAGAUGCUCAGAGGGACCAGGUAGUAAAGAGAAACUUGAACCUGUUAGAGUGUCCACAAAGACUGCUCAAAGACAGGGUGACACCACGGUCACCCCAACAGAAGCUGCUGACAGUGACAGAGAGACAAGCGUGAGAUCACACAGACAGCAAGAAAUAGAUAACCAUGGCCAACUCAGGUCUCCAGUUGUUGGGUUAUUUCCUUGCACUGGCCGGAUGGAUUGGCAUAAUCUCCACCACCGCCUUGCCCCAGUGGAAGCAGUCGUCAUAUGCCGGCGAUGCCAUCAUCACGGCUGUGGGUCUGUAUGAAGGGCUGUGGAUGAGUUGCGCCUCACAAAGUACAGGGCAGGUGCAGUGCAAGAUCUUUGACUCCAUGCUCUCGCUGGACAUCCACAUCCAGACGUGCCGGGCCAUGAUGGUGGUGUCCGUACUCCUGGGCUUUAUCGGAAUCAUCAUCAGCGUGGUGGGCAUGAAGUGCACUAAAGUGGGCGAUAACAACCCAGCCACCAAGACGCGCAUCGCUGUGACAGGAGGAGCGCUAUUCCUGCUAGCAGGUCUUUGCACACUGGUCUCUGUGUCCUGGUAUGCCACGCAGGUGUCCUAUCAGUUCUUCAACCCCAAUACGCCGCCCAAUGCUAGGUACGAGUUUGGCUCCGCCCUUUUUGUGGGGUGGGCAGCAGCCAGUCUGACUGUACUGGGUGGUUCUUUGCUGUGUUGUUCCUGCUCCAAAGAAGAAAUACGAGGGCAGCAGUAUUACCGCCAAUCACAGCCUUCCACAGCAAGGGAGGCAGAGUUGUUGAGUGAAACUAGUUUCCCUGACUGAUCAGACCUGCCUUUUUUUCCAAGGACUGUCCUGAGUUCCAACCACUGCCUUCCCUUUCUCCUGCCUACCUCUUAUCUCCCAAAUCUGGAUCGGUUAGAAAGUCUCAUCUUUGCUUUUUCUUUCCUAAAUUCCACAUCUGAUCGUUAUUAGUAUCAAAGGGGACCAAGAUAUACGGCCUUCUAGCAUUGUGCCUUUUGUGUACAUAUGGACUCUUAAAGGAUACCCAUGACCUGACCUUCUCUUUAGGAAAUGAGAUGACCUCCUUCAUUCCAGCCUGCCAACUCUCAGCUACAGCUCCCACACUCCCUUCUCCCUUAUUGGCUGAAAGUUAACGAGUUUGCGGUUUCCUUACAUUGAUUUAUGAUUUCACUUCUGUCCAAUAACAUCUGGGUUUUUGUAAAUGUGUCUUUUUGGUUAUAUUUUGCUUGCUGUGACUGUACUUUAACUGAAAUGUGUCCUUUUUUUCCCCUUUUGAAUUGCAGACCAAAUGUAAAAAGUACCCCACCAGAGAAAAGGGAGCAGUACUUGUAGUUUGGGAGAGUCUUCUGGCCUUACCAUGGUUUUAGAUUCUGUCAACAGGCAAACCCUCUCACUGAGGCAUUCAAAACAGACAGAGACACCAUUAAGAUGAAUCCCGAGAGAGAUUAACAACAGCAGUUUUUGCAGCAACAUAAACUGGGGUCUUUGUUGAAGACUAAACUAUUGAGUGUUUCACAUAUAGUUAUUUAAAGGGGAUUGAUGCAAACAUGAUCACAGUCUUGUCUGUUUUGUUGACUUUAGGAGAGACAGUCAUUCAGGGUAUGUUGUUCUAUAACAUGUUAAAAUCCCCGGGUGUAUAUACCACAUAUUCUUUUCCCCCUUACAUAUAUAAUGUUUUAAUACGGUGCCUUAUAACAUGUAUGUUUGUGACUACAUGAAGUCUACACUAUCCAUAGAAUGUUCUCGAUGCCUUUUUUCCUGUUGGUGUUGAAAAUGAAUGUGAAGCUAUGUUACAUUACCACUGGAACAAGCUACAGGAAUAAAGCUUCAACAUCAACAAACUCUGUAUCCACAUCGCCUGGACACAAGAUAUCAACUCAUUUUGUUUUGUUUCACACCAACGUGAUUUCGUGUGAAGGACGGAAUCGUUGUUUUACUGACUCUCACGGAUAUAUUGUACCACAUGUAUUAUUAUAUAUUUUACUAAGGAAUGCCGGUUUGCUGAGUGUAAAAGGUUCAUUUACUUUUCUGAUUCCUGUGUUUAUUUACCACGCAUAUCCUUUCUCUAAUAUUUACCUUGUUGAUGUAGAGUAUUGCCUCAUUUACAGUAUACCACUGUCUGUUUCUUUUGGAAUAAACAAGAGACAUACAAAAAAG